GUCGCUGUGGGUGCGGGCAGUCAGGGGGCGGCGGGCGAAGGAGUGAGGAGCAGCAGGGCGGGGGCCGCGGCGGCCGGCAUGUGAGCCGUGGCAGCCCUCUCCCCGCGCCGGCAGCCGUUGAGCCACGGCCGCCCCUCGCCUCGCACUCGCCCGCCCGCCCGCCGGCGUCUUCCUCGGCCGCCCAGCGCCGCGCCGGGCUGGGCAGCCGCCUGCGCCUGGCGCCCGUCCCGCGGGCCCGGCGGGGCCCCGCUCGCCAUGAAGAAGUUUUCUCGGAUGCCCAAGUCCGAGGGGAGCGGCGGCGGCGGCGGGACGGCCUAUGUCGGCUCCAGCGGUGGGGGCGGCGGGGGGAGCGGCGUUGCCUUGGGCAAGGUGUUCGCCGUCGGGCGCUACCAGGUCACCCCCGAGGAGCUGCUGGCGGAAGGUGGCUUUUCAACUGUGUUUCUGGUACGUACCCAUGGUGGGAUACGUUGUGCACUGAAACGAAUGUAUGUUAAUAAUGUGCUGGAUCUCAACAUAUGCAAGAGAGAGAUUACAAUUAUGAAAGAGUUAUCUGGGCACAAGAACAUUGUGAGCUAUUUGGAUUGUGCUGUUAACACUAUAAGUGAUAAUGUUUGGGAGGUGCUCAUUCUCAUGGAGUACUGUCGAGCUGGGCAAGUUGUGAAUCAGAUGAAUCAGCGUCUACAGACAGGCUUUACUGAGUCAGAAGUAAUGAGGAUAUUUUGCGAUAUCUGUGAAGCUGUUGCCCGGUUGCAUCAGUGCAAAACACCUAUAGUUCACCGGGAUCUAAAGGUGGAGAACGUAUUGUUAAACGAUAGUGGGAACUAUGUUCUCUGUGAUUUCGGCAGUGCCACUAACAAAUAUCUGAAUCCCCAAAAAGAUGGUGUUAAUGUGGUUGAAGAAGAAAUUAAAAAGUAUACAACACUAUCAUACAGAGCUCCUGAAAUGAUCAAUCUUUAUGGAGGAAAACCAAUUACUACCAAGGCAGAUAUCUGGGCACUUGGCUGCUUGCUGUAUAAACUUUGUUUCUUUUCACUUCCCUUUGGAGAAAGUCAAGUUGCUAUUUGCGAUGGAAGCUUUACCAUUCCAGACAAUUCCCGAUACUCUCAUAGUAUACACUGUUUGAUAAGAUACAUGCUUGAACCAGAUCAAGAACAGAGGCCUGAUAUCUUUCAAGUAUCUUCCUUUGCCUUUAAACUUGCCAAAAAGGAUUGUCCUGUGUCUAAUAUUAAUAACUCUCCUGUCCCUUCAACUCUUCCUGAACCCAUGACAGCUAGUGAGGCAGCUGCUAGAAAAACCCAAAUAAAAGCAAGAAUAACAGAUACUGUUGGACCAACAGAAACCUCAAUUGCACCACGGCAAAGACCAAAGGCCAAUUCAAGCACUGCAACUUCUAGUGUGCUGACGAUCCAGAGCUCAGCGACUCCAGUCAAAGUACAAGUCCCUGGUGAAUUUGGUAGUCGUGGGCAAAAAGGAACCACACGAGCAGGGAAUACACAAGAAAUGUUACAGUCCCAGGGGACCAACCAGCACCCCCCGCAGCAGAACAGAGUUCUGCAACAGCUGCAGCAAGGGGACUGGAGACUACAGCAGCUCCACCAUUUACAUCACCAGCAGCAGCAACCUCCAGUUCAGGAUGCUUACCUUCAGCAGUAUCAACAAGCAAUGCACCAGCAGAUGGUCCAGCAGCAGCUGUUGAUGCAGUCUGUAUACCAGCAGCAACCUUCCCAAUCUCAGUAUCCUGCUAUGGUGCAGCAAUACCAGCAGGCUCUCCUGCAGCAACAGAUGCUGGCUCAGCAGCAACAGCGGUCACAACAGGCACAGUCUCCUGAAUAUAUCACUUCUCCACAAGACUUCUCACCAGCCUUAAUCUCCUACCCUGGGUCACUUCCAGCACAUGCUGGAACAGUGGCAGAUUGUCCCUACCCCACAAGCAGGUCAGGUAUUCCUGAUGCUGAAGCAAUUCCCAGUUACCCAAAGCAGAGCAUCAAUAACCCACCUGAUAUGUCAGGCUGGAACCCAUUUGGAGAGGACAAUUUUUCCAAGUUGACAGAGGAGGAGCUGCUGGACAGAGAAUUUGACCUGCUAAGAUCAAACAGGCUGGUGGACAGGAGAACAUCUUCAGAUAAGAAUGUGGAGCCACUUUCUGCUCCACAGAAAAAUCCUCCUGAAGAUCCCUUUGGUUCUGUUCCUUUCAUUUCUCACCCAGGUUCCCCUGGAAAACAAGCGGAUAACUCGGCCAGCAAUCAAGGAAAUAACUUAGGGACCCCAGCUAAGGCUGGAAAACUGAGCCAUGCUUUUAGAGAUCCCCGGCCAGGGAGGAAGACUGCAGAGGGACAAGUGACAAAAGGUGGCGAUGAGUCGGAGAGUGAUUUCGAAUCGGAUCCUCCUUCUCCCAAGAGCAGUGAGGAAGAAGAAGAGCAGGAGGAUGAAGAAGUCUUGCAGGGAGAGAAUGGAGACUUCAAUGAUGACAAUGAUACAGAGCCAGAGAAUUUAGGCCACCGACCUCUCCUCAUGGACUCUGAGGAAGAGGUGGAGGAAGAGGAGGAAGAGAAGCAAAGUUCUGACUCCGAUUCUGAUCGUACCAAGCAAAAAUCUGUGGAAGGGCUCCUGAGCAGUAGGUUCAGAGAUGGUGUGGGCAGCAGUGAAAUCAAAGAACCCAGUUCAGUGCAUACGUCCUUGUCCGAGGUGCCAAGUACGCUAAUCAAGGUGAACCCUGGCCAAGAAUUUGACGUGUUUGGGGCAGUGCCCUUUUUCACUCUGCAGCCUCAGACAAGAGAGAAGCUGGACAAAGAUGUCUCUCCACAGUCGGCUUUUCCUGGCCUGAACCAAGAGCCGGAUGACUUUGACGUUUUUACAAAAGCCCCCUUCAGUAAAAAGGUGUCUCAGCAAGAUGGCCAGGUUGUGGGAACUGAGCCUCUCCUCUCCCCCACCUCUCCACGGAGCGUCGAUAUUUUUGGCUGCACCCCAUUUCAGCCUUCUCUUCUCCCCAAGUCCGGUGGGAGUAAGGAGGACUUGUUUGGACUCGUUCCUUUUGAAGAGAUCACAGGGAGUCAGCAGCAGCAGCAACAGAAGGUGAAGCAGCAGCGUAACCUGCAGAAACUGUCUUCCCGCCAAAGGCGCAUGAAACAGGAGGUCUCGAAGAACAACGGGAAGCGCCACCAUGGCACCCCCACCACCACAAAGAAGCCGUUGAAGCCAAGCUACCGCACCCCGGAGAGAGCCCGCAGGCAUAAGAAAGCAGGCCGCAGAGACUCGCAGAGCAGCAACGAGUUCCUGACUAUCUCGGACUCCAAAGAGAACAUAAGCGUUGCGUUGACUGACAGCAAAGAUCGAACCAACCCUCUGCAGACAGACGAGAAUCUGCUGGAUCCUUUCGGAGCCAAACCUUUCCACCCACCGGACUUGAUGCGGCAUCCCCAGCACCAAGGGUUUGGCGACAGCCGUGGGGAUCACGGCACAGUAGUAGUGGCUGGUAGACCGAGGCAGAGCUCCUUGCAUGGAGCCAUUCACGGUGGUGACGGGCUGAAAACAGAUGACUUUGGUGCAGUCCCCUUCACAGAACUGGUUGUGCAGGGUGCACAGAGCCAGCAGCAACAGGCGCUAGAGUUAGAUCCCUUUGGAGCAGCUCCGUUUCCUUCUAAACAGUAAAUGCUUCCAAUGGGUUCCCCCCUCCACCUCUCCGAGUUAAUUAAUAGAGGUUUUCAUUAGUGGAGUAAUUUAUCUGGUUGAAUUGACAGGGACCUGGGCUGUACAGUUUACUGAAGUUCAAGAAGGCAUGGCCAGCUUGCACAAUGACGUUUAGAAUGAUGGCAGAUUUUUGUUAUUGUUGUUGUUUUUUUUUUUUUUUUCUUUUGAGCAAAAUAGAAAAAACAAACCAGGAACAUCAUUCUGUUAUGGCAGAUGGCUCCUAGAAUGAAAAAUCAGAUAUGAAUCGUUGUCUGUCACUGACUUUGGGCCCUGGAACAUUCUGUCAUUCUGCACUUUUUUGUUGCCUUUUCAGUCCUCUGGGAUGUGCUGAGAUGGAGGGAGGGCGACGCGCAGAGAUCACAUAAAAGACAUUUUCCAUACGUCUAGGUAGGCAAAUGGAAUUGUGCUGGUUCUUCAUGUCUCAGUUGCGGUAGACCUAAGAACCAAAAUGUGCUAAUAUCCAGACUGAUCUGCUGGAAAUAGUGAAGUCUUUGCUUCCUAGCUGAAAACUACCUUUAUUAAUCAUAAAAAUCAAGAAGCCAAGUCCUCAAGGGGCUGUCGCCCACAAUUCCGGAGCAUGGCUAUGUGCUUGGGACCUGGUGGAUGUCUAUGCAGCUGCAGAGAUGAAACACAGAUUAUUUUUUUGCGUGCCUAAAUGUUCAAUUUUUUUUUUUUUUUUUUUUUUUACAGUAAGUGCCAUUAAUGUAAAAUAGCAAACUGGAAGUUUAGAGUUAAAACUAAAGAUACAGAGAAUAUAGUCAUUUGUGAGACAAAAAGCAUGAAUGUAGGGGAGUAAACCAGCAGGGAUGCAGCCAGUGUUUGCAGCACUUUGAAGACUACUCAGUACGCUGGGAGGAGAGGCUGGUUUACAUGAGGAAAGCAUCUGGCACGUGCAGAGUAUUUCAGAUGAUUUGUACAGUUGACUGAGAUGCAACCACCAGAUUUAUUUGAUUAGAAAUUGGGAUUUGUUUCUGAAAAUACCUUUUCUUUUCCUCUUGGAUUUUUACCGCAAAGAAAACGUGUAUUCUUUCAAACCUGUUUUUUAAAACAAUAAUAAUUUUAUGAAAUGACUGUAACCUAAUGUUCUCUUAAGUUCUGAUGAAUCUAUUAUUGUACUUGAGUGUAUUUUAUAAGAAAGUUUUGCUAAAUGCACUGAGCUUUGAAGAAACUUCUCUGAACCCGGAUUUGUUCCAGAACAGCAGCAGGUCGCUUGCAGAAGCUGAUUGCUACUGUGCCAGUAAACUGCAUUUCGCACCACAAAGCCUUACGGGCAGGACUCGUGUCCUGCUGCACAGUACCUCUGAGCCCGGUAGGUGGUAGGAAGAGUAUGCGAGCAGACUCGUUGGGGACAAGAUGUAGUUGCAGAAGCAGGUGCUGUGUGUAGGUGGGACGGGUUCUCCGCUGCCUCGUGACUGGUGCCCGGCCGUGUACACCGUCCGCAGAGCGAGUGUGACUUCGGGACGUUCCGAUUUGGCUUGCUUUUUUUGCCAUGGCAGUCCUGAAGAGGUGGAAGGAGGCAGUUCCUCUGCUUGUCUCAACUUUAUAUCCUGAUCUGCGGAAUGCUGAGGAGUAGACACUUGAAUGUUUUUAUAAGGAGGACAUAGGCAUUUGUUGUUGUGUGUGUCCCCCAGUUUCACAGGAGGUGAAGUGAAAUAUUUAGGGUUGUGCUUGUUUUUGUUUUUUUUUUUUUCCCCAAAGUCUCCUGCUGGUUAUACAGUUGUCCUGAGAUGGGUGAGGAUGGGGGGUGGAUCCCUUAUGAUACUUGGUGAAAACAGCACAUUAAAAACAAGCCACCUGACUGCUUUGUGGGUUGGUUUGAUAAAAGGCUCCCUCGGAUAUAUGUGAGACUGCUUCCCCUGGUCCUGGAAUCGGAAAGUAACUCACACGUGUCUGUACACCUUCAUUACCUUUAUCUUCCUUGUUUUCAUUUUUCUCGCAGGGUGACAGUGAAAUAUUACAGCUAUGCUUGGUUAAUUACGCCUUUUUCAGGCUUAGAAAUUAAACUUUUAGGAGGUAGAAAUGUUUCAACUCUAUUUGCACAGGAGUUUCCUAGGCUUUAUUGCUACUGUUCUCAGCUGGGUUUUUUAUGCCAAAGGCUGUAAGAAGUGCACGCCAAGUUUUGUAGCAUUUCCUGAUACUCAGGUUAAUUUUUUUUUUUUCCUCUGCGUGUGCUUGUGAACUGCCUUCCUACAGUUUCCUUCUGAACUGUUACUUACCUGUCUAAAGAACCAUUGAUAUGUCAGAUUGAUAUGACAAAUGGGGCAGGUGGGUGGAAACAAAACAAGAAUAAAACAACAGGCAACUGACCCAUGGUCUUAAAUGUGGCGAGACCUUGCUGAAGCCAUGCAGGUGCUGGUGGAAAAGCAACUUCAGGGCUUGCUCGGCAGUUUGGUGCCAGAGGAAAGGGUUAACAAGGCGUCUGGGACUGGGGCUGGGCUCCACUGCCUGGAAGGAGAGGUGGUUGGAAGUUGGUUGUGGAGGGAAAAGGCUGUGCAUCAGCAGACUUAGUGUGGGCCCAGACAUUCAGGUAAAUGAAGAAUAGAGGGAAGCGUGUUGGGUUUUUGUCCGUUUACCCCGAGACUUCAGGCUGAGGAGCGCUACAGGUUUUCCUUGUGUGGUGGGUUGGUUUGUUUUUUGACAGAGGGUCCGUAAGUGGUUAUGUUAUGGUACAGGAAAGCUGAAGUGAGGUUAUACCCAGAAACUGAGAGACAAGAGAAAAGCAAACUAUAAACCCAAGAUACUCUAGAAGUGGCAUAAUGCCUCUGACUGCAUAUGAAUUACGGCCGAUAGUACUUGCUUUCUAAUGGCCUUAAUAAACCUUCUUUGUAUUCUAGUUAUGAAACAGGUUUUUGCAUAAAUGUAAUUUCUUUGUUUCUCAAGUUAAAAUUAUUUUAUCCUUUCUCGUGACUGAAAAGAGAUAUUAGUAUGCCUUGCUGAGUUGACUUUGCGCGGCAUAUAUUGUUUAUACACAACUAAACCCAAGUUUGGGUUUAAUUUCAGCUAAGAUCCAUUAAUCAACUGAGACGAAAUGUGGUACUGCCAGGGAACGUGAUAUCCUUUUGCCUUUAUUUGGUGUGUGUGUGUGCGCCAUGGAGCGUAUCGUGACCUUACAGGAAAUAUGGGAAAGACCUUGUUGCACUAGAAGCAUACCAUACUGUCUGUGAUGACAAUAAUGGCAAGGUAAGGUGCUGACAAUUGCCUUCCGACUGAAAAUAUCGAUUGAUUUUUACAGCUUUACUUUCAGCACGUUGAAUGACUGAACCACAGGCCUUUUAGAAUCAUCUGCUUGAGAGGGAGAUUCUGUCCGAAGGUACUAAGAAGCCUUUAACGGUUGCGGUCAUUGAAAGAAAAAUAAGCUAGUCGUGUUUCUCUGCAGACUCUGAAACAGCCUUGAGUUGUGCACAGUUGCUUUGGCUGACCUGUGUAAUGUGGGACCUGUGGAUAGCAGCUUUGGAGGAAAUAACUGUUAAUCAUUCUGGGCGUCCCAGUUAGUAAAACCAAGUACUGUGAAAAUAAGUUGAUAUAUUUGCUACUGUGAGAAUAAGAGUUUAUCUGGAGUUUUUUAUACUAUAUCGUGUAUUUUUAUAUAUGGAGAGUAUAUAUAAAACAUACACAUGCUCGCACACAUCAUGUAUCUCUUGGAGUUGCUGUGUUUUUAGUAACACAGCAACCACAAUCACUUUCGUGUCACUUGAGGGAAUGAAUAUGAGUGAAAGCUGCAAAAGAGAAAAAAAAGCGCAAAGGAUGGCUGCUCUGUUACUUUUCCAUAGGGCUUACUUUGAAAGGAAAACCAAGGAAAUUGUGUGUGUAGCUAAAUUUGUGACUAAGGCAUCACCUAAUAUUAAAGAGCAUAAAAAACGUUUUAAAAAUUGCUGGCAUUCAGCUUUUAAGUGCACUUUCCUGAACUACACUCCCAUUUCUUGUUCUACUUCAAGUUUCUAAAGCUUUUUUGUGUACCACUAAACAGAGAACUUUUAACUUUUUUGUGAAACUGAUGUAUGUUAUAAAAUACUUGCAGUUGUUAAAUAAACAAACAUAAUAACAGUGA